UGCACCAGUUUGGUAACAACGCGCAGAGGUAGCGCGGGUGAGGCAGCAGUGUGCAGCGGUUGCACAAAAUCUCCCCUAGGUGGUACGUUGACAACACCGACGCGGUGAAUACACCAGAGCAAACCAUUGAGAGUUGGCUGUGCACCGGUUGCACGAGAACGUCCACUGUGAGGGAGAUUACAGUCGUUGGGAGGAACGGUGCAGACGUUUGCACAUCCGGAACGGUGCAGACGUUUGCACAUCCAAAACGGUGGAGACGGUUGCACAUCUACGGACCACUCCGGGCUUACUAUGGUGGGGCGGUAGGAGUGACGAGUGGACGGUCACACCUGGACCCAGUGGUGGAGUGACGUGCCAGGAAGUGAUGGACAGAACUAACAAUUGUGACAUUUUGACAUUUUGUGUGGUGCCAAGUUUCAUUGGACCGGGCCUGGUUAGGCACUUCCACGGUCCCACGCUUGGCAGUGUUGACUCUCAACAUCCUUGAAACUAGGUUAAAAGAAACAAAACAACACAGCACGAUCUGUGUCAGGCACCGAGUCUUGAACAGGCUGAUUUCUUGUCAUUAGAAGAAGGCUAAAAUUAGUUGAUCAUCAUGACUGGCAAGAAACGAGUAAACAAUGGCCACGACCUGGAUCUUGACAGAGGAGAAGAGAAACUGGUUGACAAUGAGGAUGAAAGACUGCACUAUACCCUGAUUCAAAACCCGCCGUGUGUGGUACUGUUCAGUGCUGCCUUACAGCACAUCAUGAUGAACCUUGCCUUCACGGUAGCCACUGCCUUCAUCAUCUCAGACGCUGUGUGCGCAGCUUAUGACAGUCCAAUCAGAUCGAAGCUACUUUCCUCAACACUGCUUAUGAGUGGCUUAACCACGCUACUUCAAACGGUUGUCGGUAUCAGACUGCCGAUCUAUCAAGGGCCAUCGGCCUCCUUCUUUCCGGCACUUCUAGCCCUGCAGAACAACCCUGAGUGGAAAUGCCAUGAUGGCAAUUUAACCAGUAUGGCCCAAGGCGGCAACACUUCCAGUCUCAAUGGUUCGGCAACAUCAGACCUGGCCUUGCUGUCUGAAGAAGAGAAAUUGAAACAGUUAUCGGGGAGUUUGAUGACUGCUUCAAUACUGGAGAUUGUGAUAGGCUCUACUGGUUUAGUUGGGGUGCUUCUCCGUUACAUCGGGCCGCUCACAAUCGCUCCAACCAUCGCCCUCAUUGGGAUCUCCCUCUACAAGAUCCCAAUAGCGCAAUCCAGGCCUUCUUGGGAAAUUUCUUUCGGUGGGAUAGCAUUACUUCUCAUCUUCAUCUUGUACAUUCCACAUGUCAAAAUUCCACUGCCGAGAAGGGGAAAGACGAAACGAAGCUAUCUACCGUUAUUUCAACUCUUCCCGGUUCUGUUGAGCAUCCUGGUGAUGUGGGCUAUCUCCGCCAUCCUCACCAUCACCGACGUCUUCCCCAACGACCCCGAAAACAUCCGCUACAAGGCAAGGACUGACGUGAAGAUGUCGCUAAUAGAGCGCACGCCCUGGUUCUACUUCCCGUAUCCAGGACAGUUUGGACUACCAUUAUUUAGUCCAGCAGUUUUUGUUGGAUUCCUGUCUGCCUUUUGCGCGUCCAUGAUUGAAUCUGUGGGGGACUAUUUUGCCACCGCGAAAGCAUGUCAAAUCGACCCACCGCCUGAUCACGCUGUCAACAGAGGCAUAUUGGUGGAAGGUCUUUGCGGACUACUUGGCGGAGCGAUUGGCACGGGACAUGCUACAACGUCAUACAGUGGAAAUAUCGCAGCGAUAUCUGUGUCAAAGACCGCGAGUCGAUCCGUAAUGCUGUGCUGUGGCUUUAGCCUUGUAUUGAUGGCGGUUUUCGGUAAAUUUGGUGCUGCCAUAGCAACCGUUCCGGAUCCGACACUAGCUGGUACUAUUGUCGUCCUAAGCGGAAUGCUCGUGGCCAUUGGCCUGUCCACCCUCAGCCAUGUCAACUUGAACUCGUCCAGAAAUAUGACAAUACUUGGAGUGUCGUUAUUUUUUGGAAUAUUCCUCCCUGAGUGGGUGGACAGACAUAGUGACUUCAUUGAUACAGGUGUUGCUGAAGUUGACGGGGUGCUGAAAGUAGCUUUGGGAACACCCAUGUUUGUUGGUGGACUUUUGUCCAUCGUCCUCGACACCACAGUUAAAGGAACACCGGAAGAUAGGGGUCUUGUCACUUGGCGGAAGAACCAAAAUGUGUCACGUGUCAAUCACGGGAAGGGAGAUAACUACAACAGUAUUUCCGCCCAAGAUGCCUAUGAAUGGUGCCUCCUGCCGCGUAUCUACCACAGGCUGCCACUCAUUGCAAAGCUGCCUUUUAUGCCUUCGUUGACAAAAUCUUCUCUAUCCAACCACACUGUUUCAGAAGCUGUGGAGUUAAACUCCACCGUUGAAAUGAAUAUGCUUUGAGCAUCUGGCAUAAAACGUUUUUUACAAAAUAUCAGGGAUUACAUAUGAAGGUGCUCUACUAUUUUGCAUUCCCUAAAAUGUGUACACAGUUCAAUCUGUCUACUGUUUGCAAUAUAUUGUUUUCAUUUUCCUUACUUAUGUCGUACUCACGGCUACGAUUAGUGUAAUUUUCCAGUCACUAGCCCAGGUCAGUGAAAUACAUGUUUUUAAACGAUUAGACAUUUGUUAAUAUACAGGCUGAAUUUGAAAAUGAAUGCCCACGAAGAAUCUAGAUGGUAUUCUAGUUCGGUUGGAACUGUUUCAUUGUUUUGAAUUCACCUACACAAAAGAAUGCAUAGUAUAUGAUAUAAAUAAGUUCAUGUGCUUCUCGUUUAAGCUAAUAAACAUUUUGGUUGCAGCAUGGUUAGGGUAUUCGCUCAUUAACGGUCUCAUUGACCAAUAUUCCGGGUUCGAGUCCCGAAAUGGGUACUGAUGUAAUGUCUUUGUUGUUCUAAACCGUUAAAUUGCAGGAACAUUGGUUAAAUAUGCGUCGCGCCCUACCUUCCAACUCACAAAAUAAUUGUUUACCUAAUAAGUCGGUGGGUGGUUCCUCCAGCCAGGGUAAAUCACAGCCGACGUUUCACCAUUGUCGGGAAUCGAACCCGGGUCUUCGAACGCUAACCACUAGGCUACCCGACCGCCCCCUCAGCCACUGGAAGCCACGGUGGGUUAGAUCGCCGACUGUGGUGGUUUUUAGGUGCCUCACUCUGGGUCCCGGGUGGGCCUGAACCCCCCCAAAGUACUAGAAUUUGUACUUUAAUAAGAAAGUGUUAUCACAAAUUUAACAUUUGUUACAAUGUACAUCACGUUGAAAGAACGUUCUUAUUUGUGACGUUAAUUUAAUUUUGUCGAUAUUGUUUCAUUUGGUGAAUGAUAACUCUUAGUGCACAUAUGUAUGAUCUGAUGUUUAAGCUGUCCAUUGUCAUACAAUGCAUUGUGUAUAUUGAACCUUUUAAGAUAGACAAAUGCUUCGUCAUCCAAUAUGUGACGCGCAUGUAUGCAUCAACAUUUCUUGUUGAUUGAGACCAAUUUGAGUUUUAUUACCCUUAUGGGCUUCAAUAUGCAGUGUUAUAUCUUUUUGAUACUAGUGAUUCUCGAAGCUGAUUGGUCAGUUGAACAAACAUCAAUUUUCAUUGGACUACGGGACUAUUUUUUUCCAUCCUAUUCAUUCACAAAUCCACGCUUUUCAUUCAGAUGUUUUACGUGCUUCAAUCUCACUGAUUCGUGUAUUUUAAA